GUCAAAGCUGCGCCGAGCGACCGAGCGUCUCUGCGAGUCGCGAGGAAGCUCAGUCUACCGUCACUGUUCGCGAGCGUCGCGUCGCUUCGAUACGCCGCUCCGUUUCCGUUCGCCUCUCAUUCCCAUAUUACAAACGUUUCUCGUUUUCUCUUUUGCAGUCGUGAAAAUCAUUUGCCGCUACUGUAACGCGAAAAUCGAAGCGGAAUUUUUUUCGAUCGAAUACCGGUGAUCGUCAACGAAGAUUUGCAAUCAAUCAAAGAAAGACAGCCGCGUCGAUCGCGUUUACGCGUCGAUCGGUAUCUAGGGAUUAGCGUCAUCAUGCUCGAUCGACGCAUUUGAAUGUUCCGCGUUUGCUAUUUGGUGGAAAAAACGUAUUCCGAGACUGUUCCAAAUCAAAACUAUCGGCGAACAAGAAAAUGAACGCACCAGUAUACGCAUCGUCCUGCCCUGCGUUGCAGUCGAAUCUUUCGCUGCACAGCUCCUCCUACUAUAACGAGUACAGCGGAGCCGCCAGGAGGAGGUUGUCGUCGACAGGUGAAGCGGAUACCUCGGCCACGUCCAGCUACGAGGGUAGCGACAGUUCCGAAAACAGCGACGAAUCUCGUCUGGAACCGGUUAGCCAAAUGGAGAGGGAGCAGCUCGAAACAUUUUUCCGGGGCUUAAAAUCUCAGGUGUUUGUCUGCGAAUCUUUGGCAAAUUUAUACCUGGGGAACGCAUCGCAGACUGAAAGAUGGGAACUUCGAUUCACUGGAAUACCGGUGGUGGUAUUGGAUCUCGGAGAAACACGAUCGAGAUCAAAGAGACGGAUUCAAAUUCUGCUGGCCGAGCGUGGCACUUGUUUCACCUUAUGGAGGGAGACUAUUGAUAAUUUGUCGUCGUACAAGGUAUCAGGACCGGCUUUUCACACGAUGUGUCUUUCUUCCGAUCACACGCGCCUGGCUGGCCUCAGUUUCGAUAAUCCUAAAGCAGCGAACGAUCUUUGGCAACACAUAGAACGACUCGUCUCCUGCCCGGAGAAUAUCAGCCUUUCGGUGCCCGGAAAGAAGAAGAAGAAGCCAGUACCGAAGAAGGUGGUUUUACCAGCGAAGAGCAACAUCAGCCAACCGUGUCAAUUUCAACACGUAACCAGCGUCGAUGCUGCUGACCGAUCGCGAUAUUUCUCGCUUCAAACCUUGGUGCCACCUUUGAACGAGCUGGAAAAUUCUCUGGAAGCGAACUUCUGAGAAAAGGAGAAGUCAGACCAACGUCCAGAUUCGUAAUUCCUCCUGGACCUUCCUUCGUCUCAACAGCAUUUCUGCUGUGUUUUUAGAUAAAUUCAAUCUAUAGAGCUCGCAAUUGCUGUUCAGCAUUGCCGAUCAUACUCUGCUGUUAAGAAGAAUCAUUUCAAACAGUUGUGUGCACGAAUAAGAGAGAAACGGAUCGUUCGUGUCAAGUCGAUACUCUUCGUUUCAUUGAGAGAGAACUAAAACUUGACACACCAUUAUCCUUUCAAAUCGAUGGCAAUUAUCGAAUUGUCGAACAGCAAAGGAAAUAAUAAUGAAAUUCGAGCUCUAAGGAGAAUGUUUCGUCACUGUACAGUUUAAAGCAGUCGUCGGAAGAGUAGUCGACGUACAGGCCACGUUUGUUUCUCAAUGUCUAAAUGAAAGAAUCAAAGUGUAACUGUAGUAGAGUAGUGCAAAAGGUUGCCGAACUUUUAACAAACAGUACAAGUGCGAGGCGUCUUUUAUCGAUAAGCUAUAGACGUUCCAAAUUAUGGGCUAUUUUUAUCGAAAAAGAAAGAAAAUGAUAAACGAUGUUUCGAAGGCACAAAAGAUUUCAUUCUGAUUGUGAGAGUUGAAAAUAAAAAAUAAAGGAGUCAACAGCUAUCGCGUUAUCAGAAAAACUCGAUAAUCGAUACAAGUCCACUUUUGAAUGUUUCAAAUUCAGAAUAAUCGGUAUCGUAGUUGAUCUUCAAAGUUUGCUCUAGUUGUUCGAUAGUACGUGUCCAUUUAACAAAUUCACAGCUAAUCCACAGAUAAUUGUUGGAAACUCGUUUUGAAACUCGUUAUCGAUAAGAAAACGAAGCUAUUUGCCUAGCCUUCACUAGAAGUGAUAGAAAGGGUAUUAACCGUUUGCUCUAUAACUUUCCUAAAUACCGCUCGACAACUAAAUUCACGGGUAUUUUAUCUCGAAUAAAUUAUUUUCAAACUAUUACCUACAAUAACUUUAUCCAGAGUGCAAAUGAUUAAUACCCAUCCAGUCGUACAAAUGAGAAUAGAAGAGAUAUCCGAAAUGUUUUUUCCGCUUAACGCGAAUAUGCCGCAAACGUACAAACAUCUAAAGUCCAAAGAAGGAGAUCUAGAAUAAUUGUGGUACCUUUCCGUAGGAAACAUAAUUAAUUCUUUGACACGAAUGUGGCAACGGUUACUCGGUAGAAUCUUUGAACCAAGUAUUCCAAUUUUUCUUCCUAUCCAUUGCGAAUGUUAAUCUUGCGAUCUUGCGGUCGUAUGUCGGGAAUAGCUUAUCGUUGUUCGUUCUUAAAUUCUGUGCAACCGGAAAACGACCUUGUGGAAAGGGGUCGAUCCACUUGAUCCAUGUGUCUUGAUCGCGAUCCGCCAACUAUGUAAUCAGCAUCGCUCGACACAUCGGAAAAAGCAAUAUUGUAAUUGUCUUCAACAGAUUAUUGUUCGAUAGCCCUGUAUACAUAAGGUUUCGCGAACGACAAACGCGGCAAGACUGGUUUUACCAUCCUACGCUUUAAAAGAGCGAUUUUAAUGUAAAUUGUCCUAACGAUAAUAGCCUUUGAACUAAUUGGUUUGCUCGUUAUUCGAUGUUGGUCGUUUCUCGAUACGCCAUUUUCCGAUAUCGCGUGUGUUUAUAUUUUUACCUCCCCAUGUUGAACCUGUUGAAUUUAACAAGCGUAAAAUCAAUGUUUAAAAAAAAAAGAUUAGAAUAGUAAGAAAAUAAAAAAAAGUUGAAAUUUUAUUCUAUUUCUACGACGUUAUCGAGUCGUGGCGAUAGACGAGACGGAUCGAACGUUGCUAAUGUAUCGUAUAAAAAAAUGAAGAAAAAUCACAUUUUUCGCGUUUGGAGAUAAAAUUAGCGCCGAUACGUUUGCUCGAGAUCGGCCGUGCUUUCUGGUGAUUUCCAAUAAAAUUAAGUGUACGCGAAAUAACCUUGAUAUCAAUUAACGUUCAUUUCUUUGUCUACGACUGUGAUAUAAAUAUAUUUGUAUAGUUACGUUUCGUACCAUAUAUCCGUAUCGAUUAAUCAUUUUGAUAUAUCAGUUUACGAUCAUCGUUACGCAUGUAAUAACGCACUAAUAAACGGUAACAAUACGGAUCAUA